AAACUGAUUGCCGAAACCCGGGACAAUUCAGAACUCAUGCGAGUCCUCCGGGGGUUUUGAACCAGGGACCUUCAGAUCUUCAGUCUGACGCUCUCCCAACUGAGCUAUUUCGGCGCUUGAUGUAGGGAGAGAGUUUAUAAUAUAUAAAGUGUAAAGUACAGUAGUAAGUAGGUCAAUUAAUCAAGUUAACAUUUUACUUGGAAAUAACGACUACUCCAGAUGUUAUAAAUUCAAUUUUGCGAGUACAUACGUACGGCAUUCGUUAAAGACUUUUAAAAUAACAUUACUGAGCGAAUGAUUCCGUUGUACAUGCUAAUGAGAUGACGCAAUACGCCGGUCAAAGGUCAUUUAAAUGCCCGUCGUAAAAUACAUAAACACACGGAACACGUGUGGUGCAUUGGGACUGCGCUAUGUGGGGAGUUAUUAUGCACGCAUCAAUGAGCGGUGUAGUUCACCAACGUCUGUAGUGUAACUCAUAAGGUGCAAUUAUUCCCUGAAUUUCUCAGUAAACACGAUGGGAAGGUUUUUGGCAUUUGUACUUCUUGCUGUAGUAUGCGGUGCAUUCGUCAAUGCAAAGAAGAAAGGAAUGCUGGAGAUCGUAACUUUGCAUUUACCAGAAGAGUGUUCCGCGAAAGCUGAAGUAGGCGACGAAGUGGCGGUGCACUAUGUAGGCAAACUAGAGUCAGGGAUGGUGUUUGACAUGUCCAAGCUGCCAGACAACUCCCGGGAGCCAAUCAGAUUUCAGCUCGGCAAAAACAACGUCAUUAAAGGAUGGGAGGAGGGCGUCAAGGGAAUGUGUUUGGGAGAGCAUCGCAAGCUUGUCAUUCCUCCUCACUUAGGCUAUGGUAAACAAGCACAGGGUAGUAUCCCACCUGACUCAACUCUCAUCUUCACCGUGGAACUGGUGGAACUAAACAAGCCAUCCAUCUUUGAAUCGCUAUCCCUAUCCACUCCAUUCAUUAUCGGGCCGGCGAUUGUGGUCCUGAUCGGCUUGUAUCUAUGCUGGAAGGCUUCGGCCAUCUCGACCCAGCAGGCUAAGGUCAAGCGAGAGCAGAAGCAAAAGAAGAAGAAAUAAGAUAAACUUUUUUUUUGGGAAAUCAUUCAUUUGGAAUUGAGAGGGGGAAAGAGGUCAGGCUCGAUAGUUCACUCAGAUGUAGUAUCUGAGAACGGCCAGCACUUUGUUGUCAUAAUGACCUCUGAUUUGGGAUCAAGGCGCUUGUACAGGGUGAGUAAAAAAAAACAGAACCCAAACCCCA